AUGAAAGUAGUCAACAACGGCGAAAAUGACGUAUCAGAGAAUCAAGCGAACAGGGAUAAAAUACCUAAAGCUAUAGAUGGCGGAUUUGGUUGGCUUGUGGUCCUCUCAUCCUUCAUGCACAACUGUCUCCUCGAUAGUGUCAGCUUUACGUUUGGGAUUUUCUACAAGGACAUCAAAGCUACGUUUGAUGACGGCAGUGCAAAGACUCAGCUUCUUAAUUCCGUUAUUAUCGGUGUAGCAUUAUGCACAGGCCCAGUAUCAGGAGCGUUGAUAAACAGGUUUGACUGUCGACGUGUGGCGAUAAGUGGAGGAGUAGUAUACAGUGUGGGAUUGUUCCUCUCCACCUUCUCCCCAAAUCUUGAUGUCAUGAUUCUGCUCUAUGGUGUCGUAGCAGGUUUUCAAGUUCCGUAUAAUUUCCUGCCAGCUUCGGUCAUGGAGAAAGGUUUAUCAGAGACUGACGGCGCCCUCCUGAUAUCUGUUUUGGGCAUCGCUAGCACCCUUUCGAUGGUAAUAGCCGGACUGGUUGCCGACUAUCCCUGGGCCGACUCUAUCCUUAUUUACAGUGUAACUCUUAUCAUUGGGGGUGUGGCUACAUGCUUUCUGCCGUACUACAAUGACUUCAGCUCUUUAGUCAUAUACUCCGUAGUUCUGGGAAUUCCGUUAGAGGAAAAGGACGGAACCACACCAUUCUUAGACACGCUCAUCGCCCACAAAGAAAAUGGCACUAUCAAACUUUUAGUGUACUGCAAACCGACACACACUGAUACAUAUUUUACUUUCAAAUACCACCAUCCACUACAUCAAAAGCUUGGAGUCGUACGCACACUCCCCGACAGAUGCAACAACACCAUCACAGAGCAGGACGAUAAACACAGGGAAGAGACUCACUCAACCGUUGUGGCUACCAAUUGGUCAAUAAAAAUGGUGAAAAGAGCGGUAAAAGAAAAGACUGAAAAUAGAAAACCGAGACAGAAGAAAAGUAAUGAGAGCCAAUCCAAAAGCAAAGGCUGCAUGGGUCACUAUGCCCUACGUGAAGGGGUCGUCUGA